UAUCUUGACUUACUUGCAUGCUUGCCCCAAAUGUGCAUAGCAUAUAUUAAACAAGAAUAAUAUUUUUCACCGACAUAACAGAAAAUGUCAACAUGUCUUUUUUAAGUAGAAUUGCAGAGAAAGCUUCGAAGCUCAGUGGUCUUCGGUUGAUGUCGGUGUAUCCAACACAUUACGUCGAACCUAUUGUACAAAAAGAUAAACAACUUGAGCAAAAGAGUGAUUUAUCAAAGCUCUUUCAUGUCCCAAUUAAGGCAGCAGUCAACAAAGCUUCUGAUACAGUCUUCCAUGAUGAUACGAAAGAAAAAAUGAUAAAUUAUAUAACGAAAAAGGGGAAUAGUGCCCUGGCUAGAUCACUUCUGUCAAAGACGCUAGAGUUAAUAAAACGCACGCAGACGGAGCACAUGAAUCUGGCCAAAGGAGACAAAGACGCCAUCAACACCAAUGCCGAAACGCUCUUGAAACAAGCUGUGGAGAACUGUCGACCGCUGCUUCAAGUUACCGCCAUUAAACGCGGUGGAGUUACUUACCAAGUUCCCGUUCCCAUCACGACAAAACGAUCAUAUUUUCUGGCCAUGAAGUGGCUCUUGGAGGCUGCCCGGGAAAAGGAGCGCAAAGUGUCUCUCCCGGAAAAACUGGCCUGGGAGAUUCUGGACGCAGCACACGGACAAGGAAGAGUGGUCAAGCGUAAGGACGAUUUGCACAGGCAGUGCGAAAGCAACCGCGCCUACGCACAUUAUAGAUGGAGCUAAAUUUACAAUUCACUGUUUUUUAUAAUGCAAUAAAGUUUUCAAAUUUGUGUUAGAUAUGUGAGAGCCUGAUGA